CCCGCCGCCGGGCGCGGCGCUGCCGCCACGGAGCCGCGCCCCCCCCCCGCCGGCCGCACUUCACUUCCGCGGGGCGGAGCCGGCCGCGCGCGCCGCCAUGGAGGAGCGGGACGGAGGCUUCAGGAAGGAGACCGUGGACCGGCUGCUCCGCCUGCACUUCCGGGACGACAAGACGCGAGUUAACGGCGACGCUCUGCGGCUGACGGCGGAGCUGCUCAAGGUCUUCGUGCGAGAAGCAGCGGCACGAGCAGCGCGGCAGGCUCAAGCAGAGGACGUGGAAAAAGUGAAUAUUGAGCAUGUAGAGAAAGUGCUGCCACAGCUGCUCCUAGAUUUCUAGAGACCCCAUGAAGCAAAUGUGACGUGCCAGCUGCCAGCAGAAGAUCCUGAUCUGACAGUGAACAUCUGCCUUAGUAUACUCAGAGUCUAGCUCUAGGAAGAACAGCGUCAUCACCUUCUUUCUCUGCCAUACGGCUUCCAUUUCCUCUCUCCUUUACCAAGCAUGACAAAGCCCUAGGCAACUAUGCUAUCAGAUGCUAUUUUUAAAAAGAGGCUGCCCUACACAGUUUUGAUAGACUGUAAUUGGUUUCCAUGUUGCUGCCUUACUCCUUGAACAGUAGCCUGUACUUAAGAGCAUGGUAAAGUGCUGUUGCUUUCUCAGCUAAUGUGAGAAACAGGUGCUGCUUCACAAGACGAGAUGCAUGGAUAGACUUAAUGGCUGGAAAUGUCAUCCAAACAUCAGGCUCUCAACGCCUCAGCAGGCAGCUGUGGCAGAAACUUGAGGUUCAGCUCCAAGUCUGUCUAAUGAAUAGGUUGUUAACAGGAGCUCUGUUACAGGCUCCUGCCAAAAACAGGUAUCUGAUCUUUGUUUUAUAAAUAAACAGUGCCUGUCCCUCACUAGUUUCCAGUAUUUCUCCAGCACUGUGACAUCAAAGAAUGUUCAGAACCUUUUAACCAUUUGAUAUUCUCCUCAGAAGCUGCUUCCACUCUGCUAUAAAUUUGUUCUCACAAAGAAACAUCAAUAAAUCAAAACCAAGUCUC